UCUCCGUGCUGCUUCAACGCUCGCCUGGAGCACACAGAUCUCCAUCGUUUGGCGUUUUUAUCCUCACUUUCCGCCUCCAAUUUAGGUCGUCGAAACCGAGUCUGGUGUUUAACGAUUGGUUUUCAGUGCUUUGUGGAAUAACUGUUUUGUGCUAAAUCCCGAUUGUUUUGAAAUAUUUUCUAUUAAUGGAUUUGUCAUAGCUGGAGAGGUAGAGGUGGGUUACUGACACACAGCAAUAGAGAGAAUUCAAUUAUUCAGUUGAGACAUCGGGUAAUUGAGAUGAAGCCUGAAACGGAAGGCAAGGGCUUCCCCAAUACCCUUAAUCUCAUCGUCUCAAUUCUGGUCCAUCUUCUUCUACUUGCGCCUGUUCUCUACAUCAUUUCCAUAUUCAGUAUUAAUUACCAGUUCUUCUCGUGGCACCCAAUAUGCAUGUCUGUUGGCGUGGGGCUUCUCAUCAUCGAAGGCGUCUUCAGUAUAUCUGGAGAGGCGAACCUGAGUCAUCGUCUCUCCCGAGUGAAUCGCGUAACAGCCCACUGGAUCAUGAACACUGUCGGCCUGACUCUCAUGUUCAUAGGUCUGAUCAUCAUAGUAAUAAAUAAAAAUCGCCACGAUAAGCCUCACUUCGCAACGACCCAUGGACAAUUGGGCUUGAGCUCAAUCGUGAUAGCCUCGGUGGUAGCAUGCUUCGGAAUUCUAGCGAAUAAUACGCGCUGGUUGUACCCGCGAGUCCGACCAAUUCUCAUAAAAGUUGGUCACGCAUUCGGGGGAAUAGCCAUGACGAUACUCUUCAUAGCUACCAUAAUAAACGGAGUGUACAAGAUGCCGCAUCUCCUCGGCGACACGGGAAACGCGCUCAUCUGUGCUGCGCUGGUUAUCGCUGUUGUUCUUGUCCUCUUCAAGCCGAUUAUCGCUGCCAUUGCCAGGACUAAGGUCAUCUUGCAGCCACCACAGACCCACAAUCAGAGCACAUGACCGCAAUAGCCGAGGGAUAUCAUUCAUCGAAAAAAAAGUCAUGAGAUCAUGUCGAGUAUCGAGUUAUUUCACGCUGAUGUGGACGAUUUGUGAUGGAGUCUCACUCAAAAAUGUUCAAAAUGCCAGUGACUUGAUUUUCCGAUUUGAAUUAAGUCGGUACGUAAUACCGGAACAGGUGGAUUCUUCGGCGUGAAUGAAUCUGAUGGUUUUUACUUAAUUCAAGUAGAUUUCGCGAGGCAAUUCGACUUGGGGCAAGUAUUUGUCAUCUUAAGGAUAUUCAAUUGUCUUUUACAAAUUUGUCAGUUAAAUUGCAUGAGACAAAUUUGAAGAAAAUAACUUUUAUAAAUAAAUAGUUGAAAUUGUUUAAACUUUCGGAAGCCUCAUUUUU